CACGUCGCCUCUCUUUCUCUAUUUCGGAGUUAUGUUUGACCAUCUUUAUUCCCUGCUCUAAUUCCAGCUCUAUGUCUAUUUAUUCCACGCUCUCUUCCCUCUUCCUCUUCCCUCUCCUCCACGCUUCCCUCUCCUCUCCCCACGACUCCACCAACAUUCUCGAUGGCUAUCGUGGCGGACUCUCAUCACCAAAUCACAUUCGGGAUUGUCCGUGGAGCUUCUCGUUCUUGGAAAUUUCAUCUCGUGGUUUAUCCGACAAAGGGUUAGAGAUUGUGGAGUUGCUCGGGAAUAGCUGACGGUGAUAGGAGAAUAUAUCAGAUUCUAUGUAUAAUUCUUUGACGGACCAGCUUGAUAUUCACAUUGACUGUAGGAUGAAAUCAUUGUGCAAGAACAAAAAAAUGGAUCCAAUUUCAGAGUAUAAUGGUGAUACAAUGAGAAGUCUGGGUCAUGGAACAGGAACUGUCCAGUGUCCUAUAUUUCUUGCCCCUGCCCGAGUACCUGUUGCGAAUCUAGUAGCGACACCAGAGACAGGGGAGAAAGCAUCAAGGAACAAGAAAAAAUUGGAACCAGUCACCAGAGAUGGUACUGCUUUGACAACAAAGGAUUCAUGGCCACUGUCAGGCCCCCCAAGCCCCUGCCCUAACCUGGAAAUACCAAUGAAAUCAGAGACAUCAACUUCAAUGCCCAUGUCAACCUCAAUGACAACAUCAUGCAUGAAGUCCGGUGAUGCAAGGAUCAGCGAUUCAUGUGUCUCUGUCAUCCGAGUUAGCACUGGUAGCACCUGUAGUGACAGCUUAGACAGUUUCACCACAGCAUCCAUCAAGCGGCACACUGGAAGUGAGUCUCGUUAGAAGGCCAUUCAGACAGUUAAUUCCAAGGAACCCCCUCUUGGCCUAAACCAUUUCAAGCUUCUCAAGCGCCUUGGUUAUAAAGACAUUGGCAAUGUUUAUCUUGUCGAGCUCAAGGACGCUAGCACCUAUGUUGCAAUGAAGGUGAUGGACAAGACCUCACUUGUUAGUAGGAAUAAGCUAAUCCGGGCACAAACUGAAAGGGAAAUUCUCGGCCUCCUUGAUCACCCUUUUCUGCCAACUUUAUAUUCUCAUUUUGAAACAGACAAGUUUUAUUUCUUAGUUAUGGAGUAUUGUAGCGGCAAUCUGCACUCUCUCUGGUAGAAGCAGCCUAACAAGUAUUUUAGUGAGCAAGCUGCAUGGUGAGCUUCUAACUUCUAUUCUGCUGCUUCCAUUUCCUGCAUUUUAUGUUAAUUGAUUUCAGCAACUGUGAUGAUGUAUUAUAGUAAGAUGUAAAAAAAAUGAUAUAUAGGGUUCAGGUGGAAGGCACAUUGUAGCAUUAAGUCAUUCCAUUGCAAAUAUUUUUAAUAUUUUUUCCCA